UGUCAGUUCCCACCGCGCAUGCGCACUUCCGUUCCCGCUUUGAAUCGUGUGCCGCGAAUCUGCUUUUCAUGAUGAAACCAGCGCGAGGGUCAGGAAGAACCUCCACACGGGGCCCCAGUGGAGCUGCAGACAGGAACACACGCAACACACUUAAAACGUUCAAACCCAGAGCUGAAGGCCCACAUCCGGAGCCACCUAAGAAAAACAGCGUGAUCGCUGGAAAGAGUAAGAAUAAGGGGAAUUGGAAACUGCUGACCAAAUCGUCCCUACUGGCUCUGGAGAACAUGCUUGGUUUGUCUGUUCUAUCUGUUCUGUCAUUGAAAAGCAAAGAAAAAGAAGAAUCGCAGAAGCAUCUCAAUCUCCUUAAAGAUCAGUUCCUGGCUAAGUGUGCACAGCUUUCUGUUCCUCCGAGGAAACAUGGAGACAUUAUGCAUGUGUCCCAUCAGUUCAAAGCAGAAAGUAAGAAGUCUGAGCACGGCAGGAAGGCGCUUGAGGCUCUAGAGGAGAACAUGCGCUCAGUUGUUAGCACUCUUGAGGAGAUGGAGGUUCAGAUGGAUAGUUUGGAGGAGAAAUGCAGGAUAAUGAGAAGCAAACUAGAGGACGAAGAAGAAAAGGCACAGGAGUUUCUCCAGCUGUCAGAACAGACGGUCCUGCGACUUCCUGCUUUACUGUCUCGCCCAGCCAACGAGCCAACGCUACAGGAGCACCUCAUGAAGAUCGUGCCCAAUCCUCCAGCAGUGAUCAAAGCACUUCAGAUGGCUCCUGUCCUCGAGGAUGUGAGGACCUUUCUGGAGCUUGCACAUAAACAGGUGGAUGCAGUGCAAGCUGCUCAUAAUGACUGCUCAGCCAUGGACUGACUAUCACAGGACGAGACCGUUUCUUAAACUUUACACACAAACGACAGCUGAUAACCAAAGUAACUGCUUAUUUAUUUAAUAAUAACACGUUUGCAUAGAGGACUAGGCACAGAAAUUACAUUUAUUUUAAGCAUUAAUGCAGCAAUAUCAAGACAAGUACUGGAAUUCAAUUUUCACUUUAAGAUUUAUCAUUAAUGGGAACCUUUCUGCCAUCUGUAAAGAUUCUAUAUAAUUGAUCAACUUCUUCAUCUUAAUCUUUAAGAUGAAGAUAUUUCAUGUUUGGUUUCUUUCAACUGGGUAAUGAUCUGGGUGAAAAAAUUUAUGUAGGGCACAUUUCUACUACAUAAGAUGUAAGAGAACAAACUUUAUGCUUAAUUUAAGCCUGUAAUGACCAGCCUUUAGUCACAGGAAGGAAAGCCUUUCAUUUGCUGUAAGGUUCCUAAAAUGAAAGUGCUACAUAA